AUGACUAGAGACAGUCCCGCCUCAGGCGGAGGCAGUGGCGGUGGCGGGCCUUCUCCUCCUUUGGGUACGUCCCACUCAUCCCCUCGCAGCAGGGCCUCGUCCCAACCCAACAGUGGAGGAGGAGGAGGAGUUGGAAGUGGCCAGCCACCAUCUUCCUCCUCAUGUUCCCACGAGGACCACCGCCGUGAGCUGGAGGCGCUCCGUUCAGAGCUGGAGGCCGAGCGCCUCCGCUCUCAGGAGAACCGCCGCCGCUUCUCCCUGGAGGCCCGUGAGCUGCGCGAGACAGCCGAGCGAGAGCGUCAGCGCCUGUCUGACCAGCUCCGCUCCAAGUGGGAGCAGCAGCGGGCCCGUGAGCUCCACCAGAUGAAGGAGGAAGGGAUGAGAGAGCGUGAGGCUGAGAUCCGGCAGCUCCUCCGCUGGAAGGAGGCUGAGCUCAGGGAGGCCCAGGAGCUGCUCCAGAGGGAGAGGGACUCCGCCAUGCGACACGCGCGUGAACUCCAACGCCAGUUGGCCGAGGAGUUAGUCAACCGAGGAGGAGGCCCAAAAAGUGGAGGAGGAGGCCCAGGGCCUGGCCUGAGCAGCGAAGGUCGCGCCAAGCUCCAAGAAGUCCUGGGCAAGCUCCGCUGGGAGGUCGACAGCGAGCAGGCCAUCCGUAUUCGCCACCUCAAAGCCGAGCUGGAGCUGGAGAGGAGCCUCUUCCUCAAGUACAUCCUCCAGCGCUUCGAAGGGGACCAGGCCUCGACACUGGGGGGCCCUCAGAGAGCCACCAACAAACAGGCCUCUUCUAACAGUAGCGGCCCCAAACCAGCCAAGCGUAGGCCUCGGUCCCUGGAGAGCCUGGUGGCUGCCUGUUGCGCAGCUUCUAAAUCCCGCUCUGUGGACAGCAACCUGAACCACCAGUGCCAGUCCCCUGAAGAGCAACAACAGCAGGAGGCCUUGCUCCUCCAGCAAGAAGAGAACAACGUGGAGAGCAAGGCCGACUGCUCCCAGAAGCAGCAGUUGGUGCCUGGGAAUGCUUUGGACAAAGAGGCGCUCUUGGAGGACUCGGCUAAACAGGAUGAGUCUGAGGACGCACCCCCAGAAGGGAAAGUUAAUGUCUUAAGGCCUUUGGAUGUUGCUAAGGAUCAGCCACAGCAGGAGCUCCAGACCCCGGAGUGGCUGUCAGGCAGCAAUUAUGACCGGCUGAUGAGGCAGAACGCAGACCUCUUGGAAGCUCUGGCAGGUCUGGAGCAAAGGUGCACCCAUCUCAAGGAGGAGAACAGCCUGCUGAGGAAAAGCAGCUUCCCUGAAAUGAAGGACAAAGUGAAGCGGCUGAAGAGGAAGAACGCUGAGCUGGCAAGCAUCGCCAAGAGGCUGGAGGAAAGGGCCAAGAGACUCCAAGAAUCCAGCCUCAGAAUCGGCCAUGGCCCAAUCCCCUUGGCCAUGAGUUGCUCGGAUAUGGACCUGUACAAGACUUCCUUUGCUCGGCAGCGGGCCAAAGACCUGAGUGAGCAAGCUGGUGUCCUGUUUACUAAAGACAAACAGUUGGACGCCUUACAGAGAGAAUGUUGGGAGCUGCAUGCCAAACUGUCUGCAAGCAAGGAGAGCAGCUCUUUGCUCAACAUCUAUGAUUUUGAUCGCUUGCUGAGAGAAUCUCAGAGAGAAAUCCUGCGAUUACAGAGACAGAUUAUGCUUAAGAAUCUGAGGGAAUCUCUCCAGCAGUCUAAAGUGAGUUCAGAUUAUACUGGUAACAUACAGGAAAUACCGUUAGAGACACAUUUGCAGGACACAUCUUUUCCAAAGCAGGUAUCACAAGCAGAGAAUACAUUUGUAAAAAACACAGAAUUGGAAUUGCAGCCAGCUGGAAAUGGCACUCAGAACGAUGGAAACAGCCUUUUACAAACAGAUUCAGAUAGUGUAUAUCACUUACAAGUAUUAAAAGAGAAGCUUUCUGAAAAAAGCAAACAGUGUGAAACUCUUGAACACGAAAUGGAGGAAAAGCAAAAGAGAUAUGACGAUCUGGAAUUGCAGCUUAAAGAAGUAUUGAAGGAAAAUGUCAGGAUUACUGAGGAAAACUCUCAACUCCAAAAGAAGAAUGAAUGGAUAGAGAAGAUUGAAAAUGAAAAUGCUGAAAUCAAGAUGAAAUUGAUUCAGGCAACUGAUGAUCGCAAUUCUGCUGUCCAGUCAACUAAGGGACUUGAAAGCAAAGUGGAGAAUUUAGAACAGGUAAUUAACAACUUGAAAGAGAUAGCGGAAAGACGACAACAGUUAGCAUCCAAACAUGAGGAAACCUUAUUAGUGCUACAGAAGAAAGAGGAAGAAAUACGUCAGCUCCAGAAAAUCCAAACAGAAACAAAAAGAGAAAAUGAAGAAGCAGUACAACUACUUCAACAUCAAGUAAAAGAAUUAGAAAACCAAUGUCAUAGUCAGACUAAACACUUUGAUCUUUUGGCUCAAGAACUGCAGAAUAAGAAAUCUGGAUCUCUGAAAGCAGAGUUAUUUCAUGCAAUUUACAGUUCUACAUCCAUAAUCUGCCAAGAAAAAUGGAACGACGAUAGCUGUCACAAUUUCCACCAUGGUAAGAACAUAAAUGAUAAAGACUCCGCUUCUAUAGAUUGUACUGGUCUGCCACAAACAGCUAAAGAGCUAGAAUCACACUCAGACUCAUCUGAAUCUGAUUCCAAGCAGAAUAACUCUAAAUCCUCUUUUAAUCAAGAGGAAGAUAUAGUAGGUGAAGCAGAAGAACUGGAGACAGAUACGGUUUCUAUAAACUUUGAGCAGGAAAACCCAGGCCCUGCAAAACUUCGCGUCUUUUUAGCACGAUACAGCUAUGAUCCUUUUGAUGGCCCUAACAAGAAUCCUGAGGCAGAGCUUCCCCUCACAGCUGGAGAGUAUGUUUAUAUCUGUGGGGACAUGGAUGAAGAUGGCUUCUAUGAAGGGGAGCUGAUGGAUGGCAGAAGAGGCAUGGUACCUUCAAAUUUGGUAGAAGAAGUUUCGGGUAAUGACCUAAUAAGUUUUGUUCCUUCAGAGGCAACUGACAUAUCUUAUCGUUGCUGUCAUGAAAUUGGUUGCCCCUGCCAAAAUGCUAGCAGUGAAGAAAAGAGUGACAGCCCUGACGAAGACGUGUGUGUUAAUCUCUUGUCCAACGGACUGGGAAGAGGACCGUGUGGUGACCAGACAGCCGUGCCUUAUCCCCAGAAUCUGACUCUUAUCAGACAGUCUGCUAAAUCCAUUGUCAUAGGCUGGGAUCCUCCCCCUAUACUAGACAACUGUGGGGAAGUGCAUAGCUAUAACAUCUAUAUAAAUGGAGAUUUAUGCUGCAAUGUGAAGCCCAGCAGCCAGAUGAAAGCUGUGAUUGAGAACCUGGACCUAAAGUCUCGUUCCUAUCGGAUUUCAGUGCAAAGUGUGACGGACAAAGGAAAUUCCGAUAAGUUCCAAUGUACUUUCCUUAUAGGAAAUAGUUUCCAUAUUUCACCGACCCACUUGGAGAUUCGGGACUACACUGCAACAUCUGCAGAAAUCACUUGGUUGCCAAGUAAUAGCAACUAUAAUCAUACAAUAUAUCUUAAUGAAAAGGAAUAUGAUAUAACAAAGGCAGGGAUCUAUUGGUAUACUUUCCGGAACUUAAAACCCAAUAACCAGUACAAUAUAAAAGUAGAAACUCGGGCUCCUCAUGAAGAGCUGUUUCCUCGAGGCCACUUGGAACAGAAAUCGAGCGUAAUUACAUUUACUACCCUGUUAGCAGGGCCACCUAACGCUCCCCUGGAUGUCCAAGUUCAGCCCAGUUCUUCUGCAGGGUUUCUCAUUAUUAGCUGGCUACCAGUAACAAUUGACAAAGUGGGAUCAUCCAACGGGGUAAAAGUCACUGGCUAUGCUAUUUAUAUAAAUGGAAAGAAAGUAACACAAGUUAUGUCGCCAACGGCUGGAAGUGUUUCAUUAGCGGCAUCUCAGCUCCUUAUGUUUCACGGAUCCUGGAAGGUUUCUGUAAGAACGCUGUCCCCCUUCGGAGAGUCUGUGGAUUCUGUUCCUGCUUUAAUUCCACCGGUUUUAUUGCACAUACCUCAUUCUCUAUUGUCAAAACCUGUUCCCUGCCUCCAGGCUCCCGAGUCUGAAGAUGGACCUUUUUACUCCCACCUGCCCAGUGCAGAUAACAAUUUCACAAUUCACUUUACUUCUAACUGCAAAGAGCCAGACACUGCCAUACCAGGGAACAUUACUCAGAAUCAGGGAUCCUCUUCCGUGCGGUCAACUUCUCACCGUGCAAGAAGUGGAGAUAAGGGUUAUUCCAACCCACCUACCUCUCUUUGGAAGCAGUCUUCAGAACACGUUUUCCCUGCAUUGGGAUGUGGGGAAUCGGCCAAUUCUGUCAAAGCAGCAUCGCACGUAUUCGCUGAAGACACUCAGAAGGAAUGGUCAGAAGAAAAUUUGCAUGGUAGAAACCCCACGUUUAAAAGCCAACCAGACAGCAAAAAGAUCCGUGUUUAUCCCGUCACCCAGUUUAGCAAUAUGACAGCAAACGAUUCACCUUUGCAACAUUAUCCUGAAAAUUCUGGCGCAGGUUCCUGGAGUCCUGAGUCCGGUGUAUUUUCAAAAGAGUUUAUACCAAAGAAGGGUCUCUUUAAGAAGAAACCCAUUAAACAAAGGAAGCAGUUAUGCAAAGAACUCUCUAACCUGAAGGUUUCUAAAAUUGAAAUGGAGCAAGUAUCAAGAGCUGAAAGUUGGAAGUCUCUUCUCGGUGACCACAAUUAUAGUUCUGAUCUCUCAGACAUAGAGAAAGAGGAGAAGGAUAGAGUGAAGUAUGAUGGUCAAGGAACUGAGAGGCUGCAAGAGAGGCCAACAUCUCUGAUAGAACUGACAAAAGAAGACAUUAUAACCCUCGCUUUGAGAAAGAGCCAAACCACGUCUUCAGUGCCUAAUUCAAGCACUCAAAGAAGCUUAAUUUUUGGAGAUACAUUUAACGAUGACUCAGAAAGAUUGUUUGUAGCACUCUUUGACUAUGAUCCUGUAAUAACGUCUCCUAAUUCUGAGGCAGCUAGAGAGGAAUUAUCCUUUAAAGAGGGACAGAUUCUAAAAGUUAUUGGAGACAAAGAUGACAAGGGUUUUUACAGAGGCGAAUGUGAAGAAAAACAAGGCUAUAUUCCUUGUCACUUGGUGUCUGAAAUUUACAUUGAGAGUAAGGAAGUGAAGAAACACCUGCUAAAGAAAAGAUACAUUAUGGAUGAAAACUUAGAAACAGGUUAGAUCUUCUCGAUGGCGGACUGCUGCUCUGUGGAUCAAAGCCAUAAUAAAAGACCGAUUUGGG